AUGGAAAGCAUUGCAAAGAGUACCAAGUCUUUAUUCACAAGAAUUUCAUCUUCAGUUACAAAUUAUUUUUCAAAAGGGUCUGCCAAACAAGAAACAUUUGUAUCAAAAGGAAAACUUCCUUCUCCUGUCAGCUUGUUUUUCUAUGCAGACAGUCUCAAUACAAUUAAAGAAGUAAAGAAGAAAAUUGAUUCAGAAUACAAGUCUAAAUAUUUUCAUUCCACAAAUAUUGAUGAUGAGGUCAUUAAAGAUCUACCAUAUAACCAAACGGCCUCCAUUACACGCACUAAUGCAACAGUAUACGCAAUAUUCGCUAAGAGAGAGUGGGUAUUGUCACUCUCUCUCCAUUCACCUAAGGCUUGUGUUGAGAGGGCACGGUCACUGUUACCGAUUCUUUCCCCUACUUUAAUGACAGCGAUAUCUAUCGUGAUUUCCUCUUUCACCAAUUUGUUUAAUAGAGAGUGGAACAUCACUCAAGUUUCAAUCCCUGAUUAUUGGACUCCAAUGGAAAAUGAAGAUUACAUAAAAGUUGCAUUGACAUCUGGUGAUGAAUAUGAUAGUGUGAAAAAUGUUUUUCCAGGAAAUUUUCAAAUCGUCACGAUUGAAAGAAUACAGAACAAAAGUUUGUACAUUCAAUACCAAGCUCAGCUGGAAAAAAUGAACAGUACAAAUCCCCAAGGAACAAAAAAUGAAACUCAAGGAUUGUGGCAUGGUACCAGUAAAGAUGUCACUGAAAAAAUUAACAAAAACGGUUUUAAUCGAAGUUACUGUGGGAAAAAUGCUACAGCAUAUGGUGGAGGAGUCUAUUUUGCAGUGAACCCCCAAUACUCUUUGAGUGACACCUAUUCACCUCCAGAUAGCAAUGGGCACAAACAUAUAUAUAUGUGCAAUGUGCUCACAGGCAUGUUCUGCCGUGGGGAUUCUAGUAUGAGAGUUCCUCCAGAUAACCCCGCAGUUCAAGGAGUACCAUAUAAUUCUUCUGUUGAUGACAUCAAAAGUCCAAAGAUUUAUGUUAGUUUUCAUGAUGCAAAUGUUUACCCUGCUUACCUCAUCACUUGUAAAUGA